AUGUCUCCCGCGCUCGGCGCGCCGACCGCGCAGCGGCGGCAGACCACCCUCCGGUUCGAGGGGCGCCUGGGGAGCAUCCGCAAGAAGAUGCGCGAGAUCAUGUCGCGCGAGUCGACCUCCUGCGAGCUCAAGGAGCUGGUCAACAAGUUCAUCCCGGAGGUGAUCGGCAAGGAGAUCGAGAAGGCGUGCCAGGGCAUCUACCCCAUGCAGAACGUGCACAUCCGCAAGGUCAAGAUGCUCAAGAAGCCUAAGUUCGACCUCACCAAGCUGCUCGAGGCGCACGGUGACUCGGGCCCCGCCGCCGCCGCCGCCGACACGGGCGACAAGGUGGAGGUGGCCGCCGACGCGGACCCGGCGGCGCGGCCCGACCGCGGCGCCGUGCUGUAA